CAAAACUCGGAAAUACGCGUCAAGAAGUGGAAUAAUUUCCUCGUGGAGGAGGUUAACCACAGAGGGGGAGGCAAAGUGGACGACGAGGACUGCCGACCCAGAGCCGGGGGGGUGCUGGAGCCCCGGGGUGCUGGAAUGGAGCAACUCAUAGGGUCACUGGAGAGGAAGCUGCAGAGACCCCUGCUGGCUAAGUCGCGCACCCUGCCCAGCAUCCCCCAGUCCCCCACCGUCUCCAGGGUCCACCACUCCGAUCUGAUCACUGGAAGUCCUCCACGCAGGAAGAACGCCCCCGCCAGCCCCACCGCCCCCACCAGCACCAGCAGCUCGACGGCCUGCACUCUGCCCCCAGCAGGUGAGCUGUGGCGUUUGGAGGAUGACAUGGAGGGCGGCGAUGAGAUGGAGCGCGGCGGCGGCGGCGGCAGCGGCACCGAGGCCCGCCCUCGCUCCCAGUCGCCUUUCUCCCACUUCCGGGCGCGAGCCGCCUACCUGCGCAAGAGCGUGUCCGCAGACGACCACCUGGACCUGGGGUCUGACUACGGCUCGGGGCCGGCGGUGGAGAGCAAGCCAGCCGGCCGCACCAAAGGGAAGCUGAAGAGGAAGUUUAGUCUGGGCUCAGCUGAUCGCAAGGAGAACCAGAAUAAAAAGUCGGAGUCGGGAAUCUCCAAGUUUACUCAUCGUUUAUCUCUCAAGGAACGUCCGGCUAAAGCAGAGAAGACGUCUGCGGACCGGCCGCCAUCCUACAGGAGACGAUCUCUUAGUGUGGACUGGGCCGACACUGCCAAGAUGACGCAGCCCAUGAGGGGGGACCAGGCCCACCAGCCGGCCUCGGCUCGCAAGUCCGCCAGCCUGUCCUCGCCAAGCGCGGCCCGCCGCCUCUACCGCAAUUUGUCUGGAAAGUUCCGCGUGGGCACCAACCCCCCGACCCUGGAAGACAGCGUGGUGUCGGGACGGGGAGGAGAGAAGGAGCGGCUGCGCAAAACCACCAUAUUUCAGAGUAAUGAGGCGUUAUUCGAGGCGGUGGAGCAUCAGGAGCUGGACCUGGUACAGCUGCUUCUGUCGCAGUACAGUCUGGAGGAGCUGGACCUCAACACCCCCAACAGCGAGGGCCUCUUGCCCCUCGAUAUCGCCAUCAUGACCAAUAACGUGCCCAUGGCGAAGCUUCUGCUGCGAGCCGGAGCCAAGGAGAGCCCUCACUUUGUGAGUCUGGAGGGGCGAGCGGUGCAUCUGGCCACCCUGGUGCAGGAGGCCGAGCAGCGGGUGUCGGAGCUCCAGGCCCAGGUCCGGAACGAGGGCCCGGGCGAGCGGGAGGGGUCGGACCGCGAGCGGCAGCUGAAGGCCUGGGAGUGGAGACUCCGGCUCUUCCGCCGAAUGCAGACGGGCUUCGAGCACGCAAACCCUCCAGAAGCUCCGAGCGUCGUCCGUCUGUCUGUCAGCAGCAGCUCCAGUCUGAAAGUUGAAUUCCAGGAGCCUCUCUGUGUCAACUCUGCAGUGGUCACCAAGUACAAAGUGAGCUGGAGCAGCGUGCCUUCAUUCAGUCCUCUGCUGGGCGAGACGGUGGUGGACGACACCACUCAGCUGCAGUGCAACAUCACCGGACUCACUUCUGGCACUCAUUACUACGUUCAAGUGUCGGCCUACAACAUGAAGGGCUGGGGGCCGGCGCAAGUCUCCACCCCGGCCUGCUCCGCACCCUCCAGUUGGAGGGACAUCGACGGCCGCGCUCCACGCCAGAGAGGCCAGAAGGAGGCGCUAGACCAGCUGCUCGGGCAGAUAAAAGAAGCUCACCGCCACUGUGUCUGCCAUGAACAGUGCAAAGCUCCAGCACAGGGCAGGAAGCACUCGGUGUCUAAAAGCCUGCGACACCUCUUCCAAAACACCAGCAAAUUUGUUAAAAGCCUAAAAAGAGGUCUGUACCUGACGUCCAUCUUCUACAGAGAUGACAAUGUGUUGGUGACUCCAGAGGAUCAGAUUCCCAUUGUGGAGAUCGAAGAUUCCUACCCCAGCUCACUCAUGCAAGACUUUCUCUGGUUCACCAAGGUGUCGUAUCUAUGGGAGGAGAUUUCCUGGCUGCAGCAGUGUCUCAGCCCCUCUCAGUCAUCAUGUUCGUGCACUCUGCAGACACGCCUCAAGAUGCUGCAGGCCAUCUCCCAUCUACAGGGGAUGUUGGGAACCCAGGACCUGGGUCAGGUGUAUUUUGAGCCGAUCAAAGACAAGCAUGGCAACGCUCUGCUGGUGCUCCUCAAGGACAUGAGCGCCUGUCCCAACCUGGACGGCGUCCGGUGGACACAGCUCUGUAAGCUGCAGCUCCAGCGCAAGUCCAUCUCGUCCCCCGAGGAGCCCACCGCCCUGGACAUGCUCCUGAUCACACUGCAUGAGAAGCUGGCGUAUCACAGACGCAGCAGGAAGGUUUUGUCCCCAGGCUUGUACCUGGGCUACCUGAAGCUGUGCACAUCGGUGGAGCAGAUCAGAGCGUUGGUACCGCAGAAACUCCCCAACGUCCUCUGCCACUCCAAAAUCCGGGACAACAGUAACGUUUCCAGAGAAGAGUGGCAGUGGCUGCAGGCCCUCAGCUCCUUGGACGAGUCGUUCGAAAUGGACCAUGACGUGCAGAGCGCGCCGCACCGCCUCCUCCAGGACCUGCGCGCCGCCAUCAAGGACCUGAUCACGCACAUCAACGUCCCCGGCAAUCAGGCUCAGGACUUCCGCAUCUACAGUCAGGAGGUGUUGGAGUUUGGAGAGAAGGUGUCCUUCCUGCUCCUCCUCCCUCCUUCAGACGAAGUGUGCACAGCUCCCGGCCAGAAUAACCCGUACUCCCCGCGCUCCGGCUUCCUCACUCUUCCCCUGCAGAUCUUCGAACUGGUCCACUUCAAUGCUUAUUGUCCCAGCUUCAUCGGGCAGUACUGCCGGGUGUCGGCUCUGCUGGAGCUGGAGUCCCUCAUGUCCCAGCAGGCUCUCCGGGAGGCCUUCUCUGAAGCCGAGCUGCUGGCGGCCAAAAAGAAGCAUCAGCAGCUCCAGGAGCACAUACAGCAAAUGGAGGAGGUGUGGCGAGACGCCAGGUGGAUCAUGGACGCCUUGCAGUACGCGCGCUACAAGCAGCCAACGGGAGGCAUCUCUGUCAGCUGGAUCAUAGACUUCUCCAAGGAGGUGCUGCCCGACAAGCCUCCCUCCACCUCCUCUCAGCCGGACUUCAUGCCGUCCCCCAUGCCGUCGCCCGAGCCCUGCCGCAAGCACUCCGAUUUCGCCGGUCUAUCAGAUGAGGAAGGCUCCUCUGAAGUCUUCCUCACCACCGACAGUGACUACGACUCCAGUCGCGCUCAGAGCCCCCGGGAGCUGGACCUGCUCCCCUCCUCGCCGCUCUCCUCCGCGCCCCUGGAGCCCCGCGGUUUCCUGCGGAGCGACGGCAGCGGCUCGGGCGGAGUCGGCGGCCGCGGGGGUGGGGCUUUACGGGACUCCACGCCGGACGUCCUGCAGGCCUCGGAGCCCCAGCGGGGGCGGGAGGGGGAGCGGUGCGGCGGGGAGAGGCGGCGGGCGGCCCCGGAGCUGUUCGACAGCGACUUCAUCCUGCCCAGCCGGCAGAUCGAGCUGCUGCACAUCACGGAGAAGAGGCAGGCCUUCUGCGUGAGGACCAGCAGCCUGGAGUUCCCCUCCGCCACGUCGGCCCCCCAGCAGCCUUACUCCUGCCACACCACCUGCCCCUCGCUCUCCAACUCCCCGCAGCGGCGGUGGCACAGGCCGUCCUCGGUGGACCGCUGCUGUCCCGCCGAGCGCUGCCAGCCUCAGCCGCCGCCGGCACGAACGUUAUCGGAGGACAGCGGCACCCAGAGACUCUCCUCGCCGUCGCCCGUGGUCCACAGGAAAGGCUGCCACGCCACGCUCAGAGUGUAUCCGCAGUACUGCACAGGUCUGCCCAAGGAGACCAGUGUGAAGCUCUGCGUAACGCCAGGCACGUCUGCGCGGGAGAUGAUCCAGCUGGUAGUGCAGGAGAUGAACGUGGUGUCCCGGCGCCUGCUGGGCAGCGUAGGGGGCGUCGGCGAGCAGGAACAGUGCGUUUACUACAGCCCGGAACAGUUGAAGCACUUCGGUCUGGUACUGGUGGUGGACGACAGAGAGAAGUGGCUCCAGGACGACUUCUGUCCCCUGGAGCUGCAGAACCCCUGGCUCAGGGGGAAGCUCUGUGUUCGCAUUAAGGAGUACUCGCCUCUAGCCCUCAAACACAGCCGAGCCACCACGGUGUGACGCCGGGAGGAGUGAAGGGAGAGAAAGUUCUUGAGAAAAAAAAAAAAAAAAACCUGUUGUGGUGUCCAGAACUGCAGCUAGAACUCCUCGUUUCUUCUGCUGUGUUCUUGUUAUCUGAAAAGCUGCUCAGAAGACCUUUCUCCCAUGAAAUGUGUUCUGCUGUACCAAUCCGCUGGACGUUUUAUUCGACCCAUAUGGACACCAAAUGAACGUCGACCAAGAAAAGAGCGCUCGGAGCCGUCAGAAACUUCGGACGCAGCGCCGGCUGCAGCAGGCCGGACUGUGCUCUGGAGCAGAGCGGCAGCAGGGGAGGCCGACGUCUCGCUCGCCUAAGAGCGUGGAGACUGCACCUCGUAGAACCUGGCACAAAAAAAAAACAAAGAAACGCUGGUGCUCUCUUUCGCUAAUUUACAGCAAAGUCCUCUGUAUAUCAGACUCAGUGUAGUGUAGCGAACUGAAACGGUCACCCCACGUUGUGCGGACAUCCAAAACAAAGCCAGCUGAUUUGGGUUUUAAAAUCUGAGAAAGGAAGAGAAAAAAAAACAAACAAAAAAAAAGCAAGCAAUACUUUUUACUUUUUGUUUUUUUAAUCGGUGGGAAAGCAUGUGAAACCUUCCAGAAUUGUGCGGAGUACACUUUGAGUUUUGUAAGUCAUGCCGUGCUGAAAGUUAACCAGUUCAGUGUUUUGUUGUGUUUGGUUCCGUGGUAUUCCCACAUGCAUCAGAAAACGGUGCCCUUCUGUCUGGAGCAGGGUCUCCCAAAGGGAUUCUAGUGUGAAAGGGAUGACUCAAAGUGGUUGAGAGGCCCGGCGAGUUAAACCAACCUUACCCACAAUACUGUAAGUCCUCAGCCGCCUCAGAGUAGGUUAUUCAUUAAAAACAAGGAAAUGAAUCCCACUAAAGAGGAAACGGUAAAAAUCUGAGUCAUUCGACAAACAGCAACAAGCUUGGACUUUAUAUAAAGAUGGAUGACAUUUCUCCCCACUUUGACUGAUUUAGCCUGUAUUUUCACAACAUGCUGCACCAAUCACGGCUGGACUAGAAACCCUUCCAGUACCACGAUGGAGCCUCUAUGUGGAGGCACCCAACUCACUCAUCAGUCACUCAUAAUACUACUUCCUGCUUUCAACAUAUCAGGUUAAGGCCUUGUUUACACGACUAAGGUUUCAAGUGAAAAGAUUUUGUUUUUGCGUUUUGUUUGCAGAAAAGUUCCCCGUUUACGUGGUAACGUUCUGAAAAAUGACAUCCGUCCACAUCUAUAAACCUUAACAACAGCGAAUACACACACACACUUGUAUGUACCAGCAAUGAUGUUGGAUUGCUAUUUUGGGUGAUUCUCGACUAUAAAACCACCAAGUCCAGGAGAAUUUAGUAGAUUGUUCAUGUUGACGCGUUUGUCCAUCUUCUCUCGGAUGUGCAGAAAAAUUAUUUACUACAGUUGUGGUGCACAGCAGCAGCAGCGUUUUCCCUUUUUCACUUAAAAACGUCGGCAUUAAUCUGAUAUGUUGAAAGCAGAAAGUGAUAAUUAAGACUAAAUAGAUGUAGAAUUCAAACAGGUGUCGGGAUCAGCCACUCCUACUUCUUCCAAACUCAAUUUUUGGUUUAUUUUACUUUGAAAGGAAACAAAAGUACCUGAAGAAAAGCCUUCGAUGUGCAGAGAGAACAUGCAAACUCCACACAGCAAGGCCACCAAGCCCAGACUCACAUCAGGGAUAUUUUUAUGAUUUUACUUUGUAAUCACAUGUAGCCACAGACGUGCACUCAGCUACAUGUAGUGCAGCAUUACAGACAGUGAAAGAUCACACCUCGAGCAAAGCGGGGUGAUAUUAACAGAUCUUUAUGUCCUUUAAGUCGUCUUUAAAUAUACAUUCUAUGAAAAAAAUAUAAACUCAAGCUGAAGCAUCAUUUUUUUGUGAAGUUUCGGCAAACAGUGAAGGAUUAAUGCAGAGCUGGCUUCAGAACUGAUCACAUGUUGUUCUCGACACGAUUUCUGCCGAUAAUUACAGAACCACACCUGAGAAGAUCUUCAAUAUAAUUUACUUUUCAAUUUCAGAGUCAGAAGUCAGUGAUUUUCUAUGCAAAACAAUAAACUUCCAUGCAGUGAGUGAGUCAGUCCCGAGCCAGGCGACCCCUUUUAAUAGAAACAGCGUGAAGGGAGAUAACAAAGAUUCCAGCAGCUGCUUCCUUCUGAAACGUAUCCACAGUGUCAGAUUUUUAACUUGGCCACCAAAUCUGGUCAAGUCACCCUCUCUUUACAAGAUAAGCAGAUCAUUUAUGAAUGUGUUCGUCAGCCUCUCAGAUUUUUGACUUCCCCAGCCGGUUCUCCCAACCCUCCAGCUGGAGCAGAGCAGUCUGUGCAUUGUUUACAACUCUCCCUUUCAUUGUGAUGGAAACUUCAAUCAGUUCUGCUUCAUGUUAUUUUCUUUCUCUCAGCGGUUCCCCAGUUUUUAUGGCGAAUACUUUCCCUGCUCUGAGAUCUGAAGCCGACCGGGCUCGGCGUCGCUGACCUGCAGCAUUCUCACAUGUAGCACUGGAAAAACGGUCCGGAAGGAGCGAGUUCGACGGGAGAAGUCGACGGACCUCAGUUAUUAUUGUAGCAUUUCCGGGUUCACGGCGUGGAUCUGAAGCCGAGGGAGCCGCCAGCGGCGCCUCUCCGAGUGUUUACAGAGUUUACUUUUCUUUUACCUUCAGAAGAUGUGUUUAUGUGUAACUACUGUACAAAGAUGUCUGCAGACAAACUGACGUUAUUAUAAGUUGUGAUCGGAUUUACUGACGGCUUGAACUCUUGUGUUAGCGCUUAGAUGUCUUCUUUAUCCACACAGUUAAAGAGAAGUUUUUACAAGGGCCGUCUGCAAAAACAAAACGCUCAGCCAGAAAGUGAACCAUGUACAGAGACAAACCAGAUGAGGGGAUGAAUGUACUGUACCUACCCUGAAUGUGAAAGUCGGUAA